GCACCAUUGCAGUGUGGAGCGAACGUACGGAGGUGCCGCUCGCUAAAAGAGUGAGCAUUAGGAGGAAAGAGACUCGACCUGGGCGACCGCUCUGGACAAACGCCACCCCUGCUUCCCCGAAAUAGUCACCGGGUGACAUUGCCAUCACCGGCUUCGGUCUGGGUGACCCUCCAGUGAGUGACAGAUGUGCGACCCUGCGGAGAACCAUUUGCCUCUCCCAGUGGAGAUCUGAGUUCUGGGACACUGAGGCAGCCGAGGUGGGGGGUCUCUGAGGAAGAUGCUGGGCUCAGAGCGUGGUGUUGUUGAAGAAUGGCUCUCAGAAUUCAAGUCCUUACCAGAAACCCACAUCCCCAGCUAUGCCGGCAGCCUUCAUCUAAAGAAGUCCCUGGUUCCAGCACUCUACAGAGUCAUCCAGGACCCCAACAAUGAGUUGCUGGAGCCUGUGUGCCACCAGCUGUUCGAGCUGUACCGGAGCUCUGAAGACCGCCUGCGACGUUUCACCCUGCAGUUCCUGCCUGAGCUGGUGUGGGUAUAUCUGCGUAUCACGGCCAGCAGGGAUCGCCAGAGCAAUGGCUGCAUUGAGGCGCUCCUCUUGGGCAUCUAUAACCUGGAGAUCGUGGACAAAGACGGCAACAGCAAGCUCCUGUCCUUCACAAUCCCAUCCCUAUCCAAACCAUCAAUAUAUCAUGAGCCUUCUAGUCUGGGUUCCAUAGCAUUGACAGAGGGGGCUCUCUGUCAACAUGACCUGAUCAGAGUGGUGUACAGUGGCCUCCACCCUCAGAGAGAGACCUUCACAGCUCAGAACAGGUUUGAAGUGCUGUGUUUCCUCAUGCUCUGCUACAACUCUGCCGUUGUCUACAUGCCCCUUUCUUCCUAUCAGUCAGUCUGCAGAAUGAGCUCACGGUUGUGUGUAUGUGGUUUCCCCCGGCAGCAGCAGAAGCUUUGGAGGGAACCGUGCAACCGCGUGCUGCUGGACCCUGAGUUCAUGGUGCAAAUGCUGACUGCUGUUUAUCACGCCAUAUACAAUGGAGAGUGGGAGAUGGGGCGGGAAGCUCUGGAGGACAUUCUGUACAGAGCUCAGCUGGAGCUUUACUCCCAGCCUCUCCUGCUCGGGAACGCCAUGAAGAACUCGCUGCCAGAAAGUGCUCCCGAUGACCCGCGGGGGCGCAAGGUGCUCCAGGUGGAGGUGACACCCACCAUUAGCCGCAUCUCCAUCUCAGCCAUCACCACCGCCUCCAUACGGCGCCACCGCUGGAAGAGAGAGGAUUGUUUUGACUACUCAACCGAUGCAGAGUUGAGCCUCACCGUCAAUCCUCCUAGCCUCGCCCAGCACCACCACCACCACCAAACUCCCUGGGAUGCGGCAGCCAAGGAGGAGAGAGGAGGGCGGGCUCACAGCACCCACAGCAGCAGCAGCAGCAGCAUCAUUCCCCCCAUCACACUUGAGGAUGCUGAUGGUAUGAGUGGCGGGGAGGAUUCCUUCAACGUCAACGAUCCAGACGAGGGUUUCUCCUCCGGGGCGUCCAACAGCAGCCAGCCCAGCGGCACCAAGAUGGGCAGCAGCGUGGGGCCGAGGGGCGGCAGCCUGAACAGCAGCAGCAGCAGCAUCAAGAAAGCCAUCACGGCCCGGCUCUCUCGGGACAAGGAGAGGGAGAGAGAACGGGAGAGGGAGAGGGAGCGGGAGAGGGUGCUGGAAAAACAGGCAGAAUUGUCCGCGGAUCACCAGGCUGCUGUGAGGAGGCAUCACCAGAGGCAGCAGUCGCCUCCAGCCAGCGUCACCUUGGAUGCCAUCCAGCUGAGCCCCAUAAAGAAGCACCUGAGCUUCCCUGUGGGGCCCACGCUGGUGCGGACUGGCAGCACCUCCUCCAGCAAGUCCUUUGACUGCAUGAAUUUCAACCUGAACGGAGGCAAGGACGAUCGAGAGGAGGCAUCGGGAGGCUCCGAAAGGGAAGGGGGGCUUCCAGCUGGCGGCUCCCACCGCCACUCCACCAUUAGUCUGCAGGAGGAGCACCUCAUCAGGCCAGAGGAUGCCCAGGACCUCCUGUCUCCUGGGGCUCCCCUCACCAAGCAGUCCCGCUCCCCGAGCUUCAACAUGCAGAUCAUAUCACAGGUCUAACAUGCAGUGCAGGGCAUGGUAGACACACACACACACACACACACACACACAAAAUACUUGCUCAUAACACACAUCUUCAUGCAGUUUUUCUCUGCGACUCUUUACAGCCCUACUACGACAACUACUGUCUACCUGUCUUUGUUGGUGUGUGUUUGUGCGUGUGUGUGGGUGUGUAGGAACACAUUUUCAGAUCUCAAGAGUUGUGUCUCCACCCUUUCAACAUCCAUUAAAAUUACAAUCAUGAACUGCAGUUACUAAGAAUGCAAAAAGAGAAAAGUAGUAAAUCAUGACUGCCCAGUAGAGUAACUACAGUCGAGUGUAAACGAGUCCAGCACGUCACUGCAUCCUCCCGUCUGAGCAUUCCACACAGAAACUCUCCUCAAAAGGAGGAAACGUCACGAGAAAAGUCGUAAGGAUGCCUCGCAGGCUGUAGAGGAUAUAUGACAUUUCAGAUUUAUUUGAGUUCCUGACUGAAUCAGUCAACAUGAAUCAGCAAUAACACUUACUGCCGCUCAUGUGGAGAAGAGAGGGGAUUCUUGCUCUUUCUCUUCAUUCCUUCCCUGUCAUUCCCGGGCUCGUGCAAUCGUUCUUGCUGAUUAUCUUCCUUGUUAAUUGCUGUUUUUUAAUUAGGCAGAAAUGGUUUUAUGAAAAAAAAAAUCUUUCAUUUUUUUGUUUUUAUCACAAUCCAAAGAAGGUAGCAUUUGUUUUGUUUUUCUUCACUUUGAUAAUGAUUUUGUAGAAAUCAGUCAAACCCAAGUAAUUCUCUAGUUUUCAGCCCAUGACCUUCAUUUCAUUCUGUAAGAAUGAUAAUAAUCUGAUUUAAUCUGUAAAAUCCCAUUUUUAAGAUUGUUGUAACACCAAACUGGAAUGUGGUAAGGGUUUAUCUUGCCUCAGGCUUUUACCCAGACAAAUCUGAAGAAAUCACUACAUUACAGCUACAAGAAUUCGUCUUGUGACUUGAUUUAAAAUCUGGAGCUGAAUCUUGUGGAAGAACUGGAUUAAAACAUUUCAGACAGUGCAGGUUUGUCUCUGAAGCUAAAGGCAAUGACCGUCUUUUAUACUGGAUUGUUAUUCUGGUUUAAACCAUGUAAUGGGUCCUCCAUCUGAAAGCACUCGUUGGUGUUUGUCAGUCUGUGUUGAGUCCUGUGUGUGGUGUCAUUUCUGAGCCGGGGAAUUUCUGCUUCCUGGAGGCUUGUGCUAGUCACUGCGUGUCAGCAGUCACCAUGAUGGUCGUCUCAUGUUUUGUGCUCUGCUUGGAUGCUCAUGAAACAUUUAGUUCUACCUCAUUGUGUGUUCACCUGCUACUCAGACACCUGUCUCCCAAUCAGAUGCAGGAUUUAAAAGACCCGAUUAGGUUUGAAACUCGAGGGCUCGAGCAGUCGGGGGAUUAUAUAGUGGGCACCAAAAUGGUUUCACACUGCAACUUUAAUGACACUGUAAAGUCUGUGUGCAUUCAAGUGAGGAGUUGUGACUGAAUAUCUGGGCCUUGCAUUUCAGCUCAGUCACAUCAUGCACAAAAUCUAGCUGCAAAACAAGAACACGACUGUCUUCAGGUUUUCAUAUUUUCUGUCAUAUAUCAAACAACCACACUGGGAUUAACCUGAUUCUUUUAGUUCCCUAGAAAUAUCCUGCUCAUCUUUUGUUUUUGUUUUUGUUUUUAUGUAAUGAUUUUCAAAGUGCAAUUUUCUUUAUCGUAACGUGCAUGGAGUUGGAUCUUCUCUGCUGUUAAAUGCCUGCAUCUGCACACAGUGCUAGCUAGCCUUCUGUAGUGGUCCCUGCCCAGACUGACUGAUUUUAACAUGGCGUGCUUGUCUGCAUGUUUAGUGCCCUGCAAAGCACUGCUGUUUCAGAUGCGUGAAACAGCCAACAAGCCAAACCCAAGUCUCGUAUUUGCCAGAUGUGCCAAUACACAUCCUCUCCUUAAAGAAAAUAAUUUUUUUUCUGCUUGGGUGUCUUAAGUUAAAAUGCCUCUUUUUUCAGUUUACUUGUCUUAUUUUAAAGUUAAGGCACAAUAAAAGGGAUUUUUGGACGUAUGGCUCAGUGUGCCCUUAGAUGCAGCUUCACCUUUUCUGCCACGAAUUUUCUUUUCAUUCAUCACAGGUGUAUGCAACACACUGUACUUUCACAAUCAUUACUAAGCUUUGCUGUAGUAUAUUAUGCGUCUGUGUGCUGUAGAUGUCAGCUCUUGUAUUGCAUUGCCCAGGUCUUGCUCACGUGCUUGUUGUAAACAAGGAUGAAUGAUUCAUGUAUAUAAAAGUUAGGUCAGUCUGCAGUGAAAAUCUCACCCGCUCACGCUCCCGCUGCGCUGGAAACCUUCACAGCUGCUGCUCUUGGUCCCGACUGAGUCCUGUGUGCGCUUUAGCCUUAAAACAUUUCAGGCCAAAAGGCCUCGUUUGCCGGUUGUUUGGCCUCAAGAUGCUCCUCCUCCUCUUCUUCCUCCUGCUGGACCGGGCUGUGGAAGAAGAAGUAGAAGAGAGGAGCGUAGCUACAGUUCACACUCUCACCUGGUCUGUCUGCUGUCAUCCUCGUGCUGUGUGUCUCUCAACGAGCCGUGUUCCCAUUAGCUGUAUUUUGCUGUGAGUUGAGUGGCACCCUUUGCUGUUUUAAAACUGGUGACGUGUUUAUGUCAUUAAUAUGAGUGCCCCUGACAGAGAUUACCAGCAGCCAUGUUGGUACUGUAUGUUGACUUAGAGUAAUCCCUCAGUGUCUGGUGUUACUUGCAUGUGAUCAGGGCAGGAAAUGAACACCAGCCAGCAAAUGUCAAUCAAACUUGGCUGUGGCUGAUUAUUUUAUCUUCCAUUUAUUUUUGGCAGAUUUAUAGGCUCAGAAAUCCUCACAAGGUCCAGCUACAUUUCAAAAAAACACCAAAUCUCCUUUAGGCGGUGAAAAUGUCUCGUUAAAUUUGUACUUGGUCAGCCACUGGUGCUGGUGGACAAAGUUCAUUUCCUGUCCUGCAUGUGAUAACUGUGGGCUUUGUUUUCAUACAGUAUAAUGCACUUUAAGCCAUCCACCUCUCUCCUCAAGAUAGCUAUUGAAAUGAUAUAUAUAUAGAUGUGCAAAUGUGUAUACACUCAAUGCAGGGUUUUAGUCUCUUUAAAAUAGUACUUCUUCGUGAUGUCACACCCAACACAAUGCUAUUUUUGUUAGUCUUAGGGUACAGCUAUUUAUUUUUUUCUUUUCAAAACCAAAAAAAAAAAGAAGUUACGGGGUCUGGAAGGUCUCAGGAGUUUAUCAAAAUGCCACAUUUUAAAAAUGGCAGCACCAAAAUUUCUGUUCUUGAGGUCAGAAUUGAUUCUAUGCAACAUUUUUUUUUUCUCCUCUUAUCUUUGAUCUCCUUUUAUCCUUUUUUUU